AUGCGUUGGCUGCUUAUACCAUUUACUUUAUGGUGGCAUUCGCAUUUGGCAUCUUGCACGCGGCAUGUUUCACCGUUCGAGCUUACCGUCAAUUCCGGAUCGAUUCGCGGUGAACGAUUGUUUAUCGACGGGCAAGAUUACACGGUAUUCAAAGGAAUACCGUAUGCAAUGCCUCCAGUAGGAUAUCUUCGAUUCCAAAUGCCGAAAGAGCCCGCAAAAUGGCGAGGAGUCAUGAAUGCGACACAAUACAGUCCAAUGUGUAUGCAGAACAUUGAUGAGACUGAUGCCAGUGAGCCUGAGCGAUAUGUGGCGCAUGUCUCCGAAGAUUGCCUCUACCUUAAUGUAUUCUCACCAACUCCGUAUCAAUACACGAACGACACUUAUCCGGUGAUCGUAUUCAUUCAUGGCGGCCGUUUUCAAUCGGGCUCCGGAAGCGACAUUCCGCAACGCGCCAUACUCACCAACUUUGUGUCACGCAAGGCGAGUUUUUGCACCCAAAUUGUUUUUGUUUGUUUGUUUAUCGUCUUUGUUACUUUUAAUUAUCGACUUGGUCCACUUGGUUUUGCAUCAACGGGUGAUAAUGUUCUGCCAGGGAAUAUAGGAUUAUGGGAUCAGAUCUGGGCUCUCAAAUGGGUCAAGGCCAAUGCUGAAGUAUUCGGUGGAGAUCCUUCAAAUAUAUUAUUGAUGGGACAUGGAACUGGAGCAGCUUCUGCUUCGCUUCUCGCACUUUCCCCGCGAGCCGAAGGACUGUUUCAGAAAGUUCUACUUAUGUCAGGCUCGGCACUUCAACCGGGAAUUGUGAGGAAUACUCAAGUAAACGCUACCUGGAAUAUGAACGAUAGAUUUGGAUGCAGAGCUUUCAACUCUUCCGAGCUUCUUGAUUGCGCCAGAAAACGAAGCAAAGAGGAAAUCUUUCAAUAUAGAAAACUUAGCUACGAUGAUUAUGAAGAAUUUGUUCCAAACGUGGAUGGAAUUGGAGGAAUUUUGCCAGAACCUCCAGAGCAGUUAGCUCUACACCGAAGAAAGACUCCAAUAAUGAUAGGGACUACAAGAGACGAAAGUUCUCUACGGAUACUUCUACUGAAUGAAAAAGAGUUGAAUUUAUCAGCAUUGUCGUGGGAGCAAGGCGAGAAAUUGGCGGAUAACUUAACCUUAGGAUAUAAACAGUUCCAAAAUCAUCGAUUAAUAUCACAAGGUUGUAAAUCCGAGUACGUUUGGACGCAAGUUGAUCCCUCAUUCCCUGAAACGGUUCUAUUCAAUUCAAUUUUAAAGAUGUAUUCCCAUUUCUGGUAUGAUGCUCCCGCUUCUCAAUUGGCCACUUAUUACCUCAAAUACGAUCUUCCCGUCUUCCUUUAUUCAUUUGAUCAUAUUAGCGAAAAUUUCUAUGAUAUUGACAGAGCAUUCCAUGGUGUCGACAAAUUGCACAUUUUCAAUGUGACACCACGAUUCCUCAACAAGAGAAAGGAUAUGAACUGGCAAUUGGAUCAAAGAGUUGUCGAAAUUUUCUCGGAACUUGUCGUGAAUUUUGCAAUAUUUGGACAACCUACCCAUGAAAACGAUGGAUUUAAUUUUAAUUGGACAUCAACAACUAGCCAUCAAUUAAACUAUUUGUCAAUAACUGAUAGUCCAACAAUGCAGGUCGGAUUCCGCUGGCAAGGUCACGUUUUCUGGAAUUGGUACGCCCGAUCGUUAGACGCCGUGGACGUGGGAAAUAUUCAACGAAUCGCCCAGCUUGAUAGAGACGUUGGUAACUGGCAGUUUGCUACUGCCAUGCUCUCAUUCUGCUCGAUGUUCUUUUUCGCGAUCCUCGUCGGCCUUGCCUGCUACUGCACUAGAAAGGAAUCCGAUGAAGACGAGCUCUAG